AUGGCUGACGCGGCGGAACAGGAUGCCACGCUCCAUUAUGAUUUAGAAGAGGAGGGACGGUACUUCGGCAACGAUGCCACAGAAUAUCUCUCGUUUCUCGGCCCUUGGGAAGAAUCUGCCGGGCAACCUCAUCCUACAUACUCAGAGCACGAUGUCGAUACGUUCGAUGCUGAACCGACUUCCCUUCCCCCGAUGACUAAUAGGGAUACUGGCCACCCUCCAGACAGACACGUCCCCGAAUGGCAUACUAGCGACGAAUCUUUCCUCCCGGCACUUAGGCAGGAACCCGCUCCCCCCGAGCCUACAUUUGUGCCACGUCCGGCCAGUCAGAACAUAAACACUCUCCUUACACUAUCCCGAGUAUCUCAUCCUACCGCCGGUGACCUCCUUCGCAACGAUAGCAGAAAGGUCGAUCGAAAGCGGCAGAUCCCAUGGGGUCUCCAACGGAUCCUCACCCAUAUGGAAGUCGAGGAUCUAGCUGCUCUCUCCCAAGUGCCAGUGCCCUUCCCGACAGACGAAGAAGUCGCGCAAUACUUCCGCUCGCAGAAGGAAAAACCCAUGCAUCCUUUUAUCUCCCAUUCGACGCCAGCGAAUGUGGACAUCUGUCUGCUUGGUAGGAUUCGCAUUACUGCCGCCGAGAUCAUGGCUUUCUUUCCGAACCACAUCGAGUGGAACGAUGCCAUCUUCAGACUGGUACAGAACAGCUGGACUCGCAGGGAGAUUGCAGGCUACAUCAACUAUGUGCGCCAGUUGCCCUCAUCCGCAGCCGUGACAAGAGAGCGUAUCAGCCAUUGGGCUAGGAUGGCAGACAGACAAAUCAUGGUAGGGAGCCCGAUAAAUGCGCACCGACGCCCGGGCUUCAAGACCGUCUUCUUCACUCCAGAGAAGUGGGAGUUGCCAAAGUUGUCUAGGCUUGAGGCUGAUCCGAUCGACUAUUUCCUGGUGGAUCUUGCGGAAGGCGUUGUCAACUGGCCUACCGGAAGUGGAGCCCGACUCUUGACACGUGCUAUUCGGUUGGCGCAGCAGCAAGGGCAUCGGUAUGUCAAGCUAAGCCAGAUCCACGAGUUCAUGCGUGUGCACAAGGUCCAUUUGCCGUUGCUGCGACCUAUGGCAAUUAGGGGCAAGUGCGGCGGCGUGAAUCCGGAUGUACUGGUGAAGCGCGGACUCGAACUCGUCAUUUAUCAGGAUAUAGUGCAGGUAGGGUUAGCUUGGUGAAGCGUGGGAAUCUCCACCAGAUACUCAUAUAGGGGUUAUCGUGAUCCAGUUGUGCUGCUGGUUGAGGCGUGUAUCUGCGAUGCGUUGGUAUUGCGGACAACUGAAGCUCUGGCAGGGCGCCUGUUGGGCAGCGUACAUAUCCUGACACGUCAGACGCUGAAUGCACGCUGCUGGUGUACAGUUGCGGUUGGUAUCGACAGUCCCGACAGAUGUGUUCCGCAAAAGGCGCACAAGACUGGACGCUAGGGAGAGCUGUUAAUUGCUGAUGUUAGCACAACGAAAAAGCAGAGAGUAUCUGACUUUAACUGGCUCUGAAAACAUGAAAUCAAGCGACCUUUUAUCUGAUGGUUUGUCCCUUACAUGUUUGCGGUGCUGUUGAUUCUUCACCAAUCACAUCGUGGCCUCAAUGGCGGUCCGCAAACCAUACCCAAUGGUUGAGCGCAGCCCUCG